AGUAUUGAAGAUGCUCAACGAGCUCUGACUGAAGCACAUAAUUCAAUCGUCGAUGGACGUCACAUUCGUGUUGAGAAAGCAAAAGUUAAUCGGACAUUGCUUAUCGGCCGCUUUAGUCGUGAUAUGAAAGAAGAUGAUAUCACCAAACUUCUCGCACCUUAUGGGGCCACUGAAGACAUUCAUAUUUUAAAAGAUUUUCGAACAGGCCAAAGCCGUGGAUGUGCGUUCGUGAAGUUCUGUUAUCGCGAAGAUGCCAUCAGCGCAUAUAUGAGCUUGCGCCGGACCUCAUCAUACGUCAUUGAAUGGGCAGCAAAUCUUGAGAAAGCAACACCUGGACCUGGUGAUAUAGAUAAAGGUACUAUAUUUGUCGGACAGCUUAAUCCAGAAGCUGUGACUAAAGAUGUACUUGAGCAAAAAUUCAAUCGUUAUGGCGAAAUCAAAGAUCUUCGACUUGUUACUAUAAAGAAACCUGGUCCUGCUGGUCGCGUAAAUGUACGUUCAGCUUUUGCAUUCAUUCGUUACGAUGACGAAAAUGCUUCAACUAAGGCGAUUGAAGCAGAGAACAAUACUAAAUAUCUUGACAGAAUAAUUCGUGUUCAAUAUCGUGAGUCUCCUGAAUAUCGUAAUUAUCAAAUUCAAAUAUUGCGCCAACAGCUCGAAGUUCGACAACGAGCGUUGCAGGCUGUUUCUUCUUAUGGUACUUCUGAAAAAUCGAACAAUGUUCGAAUGUCUUUAAGACCGCCGGCUUUAUCUAAAGCUGCG